AUGGCAUCAACAAGAGUGAUCAAUUGCAUUUCAUCUAAAAGACUUGCAGCAGUAUCUAAUCUAAAACAUGUAUGUGUUUUUUCUAACUUUAAUAUAAAAUCUAAUUUUCAUUCAAAUGCAUCGUAUCGUACAAAGAAAUCAAUUGCUAAAGCAGAUACUACCGAAUAUGAAAAUAAAGUACAAGUUGGAUUUGCGGAUGUAGUUAAGGAAAAUACAAAAUCUGCUGGGUACUUAGGUGUAAUAAUUGGUGGUGUAGGAAUCACAGCUUUCAUGUUUUAUAUGAUUUUUGAUGAAUUAUUUUCUAGUAAAAGUCCAAAUAACGUAUACACCAAAGCCUUAAACGCUCUUAUCAAACAUCCUAAAGUAAUAGAUGCUCUUGGAGAACCUAUAAAAGCUUACGGAGAAGAAAGUCGGCGAGGACGCCGAAGUCGUAUAAGUCAUGUAAUCUUCGAGAAGGACGGAGUACGUCACAUGAGAAUGAAAUUUUACAUUCAAGGUAUAAAGAGACGUGGCACUGUGAAUUUGGAAGUUGAAGAAAACGAGUCUGGUAAAUAUGUGUACAGAUAUUUAUACGUGCUUGUGGAUGAUAUAAUGCAAACAGUAAUUCAAAUAGAAGACAAUAGAGAAGAGAAGAAGGAUUACAGUAAGGAGACAGAAUUUGACUUGAGCUAAUAUUUUAGAUCUUUCUAAGUAGUAUACGAUAUGUCCUGUAUUGA